AGAGAGAGUUUCCUGCGGACCACACACGUCACGAGUGGGAAGCGCAGCAGGGAGCGAAGAAACACAACAGAGAGAGAGAAAGGAGGAGGAAGGAGGACAUGAUGACAUGUCAGUCAGCUCCGCGGGGACCGCAGCGACACCGAGCCCGUUUUAGGCUUCUCCUGGUCCAGUUUUAGUCCAGUUUUAGUCCAGUCUUAGUCCAGUCUUAGUCCAGUCUUAGUCCAGUUUCGGACCCGUUUCCGCGCUGUGUCGGGCAGCCGCGCCCGCUCUAACUGUGUGGCGCGCGGCGGCGGCGGAGGAUCGCGGCGCGAGGCACAGCGCGAGGCGAGGCGAGGCGCGGCGCGCGCCCCGCUCCGUCGUUACAUUGUGACACAUUUGGUUCCGAGGAAGAGUCUGGAAACGCGGCGCCGAUCGGCACGUGCGUCGAGUGUCCUCACACGCUCCGGCGCCGGUGUGUGUGUGUGUGUGUGUGUGUGUGUGUCCGUCCGUCCCGUGUCCAGCUACUUACUUUGUUUAAACGGGACUUUCUGAGCGCUGGAAUCGGACUGUUGUUCGAGCUCCACGUGCCGGCGGCGGAGAUCCAGAGGACCGACAAAGCAGAGACUGAGCAGCGUCAACACCUGUCGCACCCGUCGCACCCGUCGCACCUGUCGCACCCGUCACGCUGCGGCUGCGCUGCUCCGGACCGCCGUUCACCGGAACCUCGAGUUAGAGUAACGCCUGCGCUCUUCUUGGGACACUUGGCCAAGUGGACGGAGCGCCCGGUCCAGCGUCACCUGUCCUCGCGCACCCGGCCAGAGUGUCAGCGCGGGCGAACCCGGCAAAGAUGUGCGACACCACCGCUCCGCCAAGAGCCCUGGAGGACACGGACCUGGCGGCCCUGCGGGACCCAGCGGGGAUCUUCGAGCUCGUCGAGGUCGUGGGGAACGGCACCUACGGCCAGGUGUACAAGGGCCGCCACGUGAAAACCGGACAGCUGGCCGCCAUCAAGGUCAUGGAUGUGACCGAGGAGGAGGAGGAGGAGAUCAAGGCGGAGAUCAACAUGCUCAAGAAGUACAGUCAUCACCGUAACAUCGCCACCUACUACGGUGCCUUCGUGAAGAAGAGCCCCCCGGGACACGACGACCAGCUCUGGCUGGUGAUGGAGUUCUGUGGCGCCGGUUCGGUCACCGACCUGGUGAAGAACACCAAGGGGAACUGCCUGAAGGAGGACUGGAUCGCCUACAUCUGCAGGGAGAUCCUGCGGGGUCUGUCUCAUCUCCAUGCCCACAAGGUCAUUCACAGGGACAUCAAGGGUCAGAACGUGCUGCUGACGGAGAAUGCAGAGGUUAAGUUAGUGGAUUUUGGGGUCAGCGCCCAGCUGGACCGCACCGUGGGCCGGAGGAACACCUUCAUCGGCACUCCCUACUGGAUGGCGCCCGAGGUCAUCGCCUGUGACGAGAAUCCCGACUCGACCUACGACUACCGGAGCGACAUCUGGUCCCUGGGCAUCACGGCCCUGGAGAUGGCGGAGGGGGCGCCGCCGCUGUGCGACAUGCAUCCCAUGAGAGCCCUGUUCCUCAUCCCACGCAACCCGCCACCCAAACUCAAGUCCAAGAAAUGGUCCAAGAAGUUUGUGGACUUCAUCGAGGGCUGCCUGGUGAAGACGUACGCGAGCCGACCGUCCACGGAGCAGCUGCUGAAACACUCGUUCAUCCGGGAGCAGCCGACCGAGAGGCAGGUGCGCAUCCAGCUGAAGGACCACAUCGACCGCACGCGCAAGAAGAGGGGCGAGAAGGAGGAGACCGAGUACGAGUACAGCGGCAGCGAGGACGAGGACGAGAACCGCCGGGGAGACGAGCGCGAGUCCAGCUCCAUCCUGAACGUGCCGGGCGAAUCGACGCUCAGGAGGGACUUCCUGCGCCUGCAGAAGGAGAACAAGGAGCGCUCGGAGGCCCAGAAGCGACAACACGCCCAACUGGCCGCCCAGCGCCGCGACCCCGAGGAGCACAAGCGCCAGCUGCUGCACGACCGGCAGAAGCGCAUCGAGGAGCAGAAGGAGCAGCGGCGCCGCCUGGAGGAGCAACAGAGGAAGGAGCGGGACAAGGGUCCCCGUCGCAGGCUGGACGACCUGCGCAAGGACGAAGACAGGAGGAUGGCCGAGCGGGAGCAGGAGUUCAUCAGACACAAGUUAGAGGAAGAACAGCGGCAGCUGGAGGUUCUGCAGCAGCAGCUGCUCCAGGAGCAGGCUCUGCUCAUGGUAACCUACCCACAAUCCUCAGCAGCAUUGCCACACGAGGAGUACAAGCGCAAGCAGCUGGAGGAGCAGCGGCAGUCGGAGCGCCUGCAGAGGCAGCUGCAGCAGGAACACGCUUUCCUCAUGUCUCUGCAGCAGCAGCAGCAGCAGCAGCAGCAGCAGCAGCCGGACAGGAAGUCCCAGCUGUACCACUACGGCAAGAACCUGGAGCCCGGCAACAAGCCCGGUUGGGCGCGCGAGGUGGAAGAGCGCGGUAAGGCGAAGAGACAGGGCUCGCCCAACAUGUGCGCCACCGUGUCCGACACCGCCAUCCGGUCUCGGGCCGAAUCCGCCGGCCGAUCGGGCGCGCCGCAGGGCGCCCGGACCCCGCCCAUGCGAAGGGCUGCCGAACCCCAGGGACAGGGCAAGUGCCAGAUGGCGCACCUGGUUCCCCUGAAGCCGUACGGGGCUCCCGUCCCGCGCUCCCAGUCGCUCUGCGACCAGCCCACUAAGAACAUGUCUGCCUUCCCCACCCAGGACCCCGCCCCCGGCCCCUCCCCCCGCUCCGCCCCCCACAGGGAGCUGGUGCGCCAGAACUCCGACCCCACCUCAGAGAUCCCUGCUCCCUAUUCCCGGCCGCUGACGGACGACCGCGGGCCCUGGAUCCGCCUGCAAGAGUUGGAACAGCCACCUAAGGUGCCCCAGAGGACGACCUCCGUGGCGGCGGCCCUGAGCAGCAACCUGCUGACCGGCAUGAGGCACCCCGCGAGGGCCAGUAACCCGGACCUGAGCCGAAAUGACCGCUGGGACCGGGCCGAGAGCGUGGGCUUGGAGUCCAACCUUCCGCAGACCGGCUCUCUGGAGAGGCAUCGCAUCCCGGCCUCCUCCAAGAUGGACUCGUCCCCGGUCCUGCCGCCAGACAGACACCACAAGGCGGGCGAGUCGAGGACCGCAUCCCGGCCCGGUCGCCCAGCGAGCUAUAAGAGAGCUAUAGGAGAGGACCGCGGGGCGUAUGCGAAGGACCGCGCUGAGGAGACCCCCCGGCCGCCCUCUAAAGCCAUGGACUACUCGUCUUCCUCGGAGAGCAGCGAGAGCAGCGAGGAGAGCGAGAGCGGAGAGGGAGUCGAGGAGGAGAGUCCCACAGAGCGCGUUCGCGAUGGUGAUUCUGACUCCGUCAGUACCAUGGUGGUCCAUGACAUCGAGGGCGAAGAGGACGCUCAGGCAGGGGGUUAUGGUGACCAGAUGAUGCCAGCGCAGAGAACCCCAGAGAAGAGGAGUCAGAAUGGAUACACCAACCUCCCAGACGUGGUGCAGCCUUCGCACUCCCCCACGGAGACGCAGCCCUUUGACUAUCAGUCCAGGGGACUGGUCAAGGCGUCCGGCAAGUCUUCGUUCACCACCUUCGUGGACCUUGGCAUGUACCAGUCCCAGGAGGGCGUGGGCGAUUCCAUCUCGGUGUCGGGCUUCAGCUGCAGGUUCGAUCAGCUGAAGCUGGAAGCUCGCAAGGGUUCCGUGGUGAAUGUGAACCCAGCCAACGCUCGGCCCCACAGCGACACCCCCGAGAUUCGCAAGUACAAGAAGAGGUUCAACUCGGAGAUCCUGUGUGCGGCGCUGUGGGGCGUGAACCUGCUGGUCGGGACGGAGAACGGACUGAAGCUGCUGGACCGUAGCGGCCAGGGAAAGGUGUACCCCCUCAUCAACUCGCGCCGCUUCCAGCAGAUGGAUGUGCUGGAGGGCCUCAACCUGCUCACUACCAUCUCAGGUAAGAAGAACAAGGUUCGCGUUUACUAUCUGUCCUGGCUGAGGAACAAGAUCCUGCACAACGACCCUGAGGUCGAGAAGAAACAGGGCUGGACCACUGUGGGUGAAAUGGAGGGCUGCGUGCACUACAAAGUGGUAAAAUACGAAAGAAUCAAGUUCCUGGUGAUUGCGCUGAAGAAUGCCGUGGAGGUCUACGCCUGGGCUCCGAAGCCCUAUCACAAGUUCAUGGCUUUCAAGUCCUUCGCUGACCUGCCGCACAAACCUCUGCUGGUUGAUCUGACAGUGGAGGAGGGUCAAAGACUAAAGGUCAUCUAUGGAUCUUGUGCUGGAUUUCACGCUAUUGACGUCGACUCUGGAAACAACUAUGACAUCUACAUCCCGGUGCAUAUCCAGAGCCAGGUGACGCCUCAUGCCAUCGUCUUCCUGCCCAACUCCGACGGCAUGGAGAUGCUGGUGUGCUAUGAAGACGAGGGAGUCUACGUCAACACCUACGGGCGAAUCAUCAAGGAUGUGGUGCUGCAGUGGGGAGAGAUGCCCACCUCCGUGGCCUACAUCUGCUCAAAUCAGAUCAUGGGCUGGGGCGAGAAGGCCAUCGAGAUCCGUGCCGUAGAGACGGGCCACCUGGACGGCGUCUUCAUGCACAAGAGGGCACAAAGGCUCAAAUUCCUGUGUGAGAGGAAUGACAAGGUGUUCUUUGCCUCGGUGCGUUCGGGCGGCAGCAGUCAGGUGUACUUCAUGACCCUCAACAGGAACUGCAUCAUGAACUGGUGAUGCAGCCACCGUGUGUCCGCCACCUGUCCGUGUGUCCGCCACCCGUCCGUCAUCCCGCGCAUCCUCCCACCCGUCUGUUCGUCCCCGUGACUCGGUACCGGUUCGCUGUGCCCUCUGAACGCGCCGGCCUCCAGGGACCGGCAGACCCCCGGCAGCCACACGGGGGGGCGUGCGCAGGAUGUCGUUCCGCACAGCAACGAGCUGAUGUGUCGGUGAAGCGGCCUACAGGACGGAAAGGUGCUGCUGGUGGCUCCGUCUCACCGGGGCUCUGAGUGCCAGCGCCAGUGCCAGCUGAGAACUGCGCUUUACGAGUCGCUGCCAAUUUAAACUUGUUCUCUUCCAGAAGCAAAGUGGCCUUUUUUACAACUACAAAUCAUAUUUAUACAUUGUUGCCUGCGGUCGGUUUUAGAGCAGGAAGAACGGCUGUGCUGUACUGUGCUGUGCUGUUGGUUGGGAGUAGAGAGUGUGGGCUCUGCCGUCAUUACGGGACGUUACGGGUUCCGCCUUCCGCCCUCUCGUUUUACCGACAACGCGCGGCACGGCGCUCGCUCGGACUCCCCGGCACCGGCAGCUCGGUCGCUUUGGUGUCGUGCCGCAGGAAAGCCGACACGGCAGAUCGACUGACCCUCGCGGCGACCGUCUGAGGCUACGGGACGCGGUGGCGCGAGAUGCCGGAACGACGCUGGAAGCGAUGAGCGGAAAAGAAGCCGCACGGUCGGGUCAGCCGGACCGGUCGAGUGCCGAAAAAGUCUCGGGAGACCACGGUGACGCACGCCGAGAGUCGGCUCAGGGUCCCGAUCCGCUCCCCACACGUGCGACGUACGCAGUUACGCCAGCUGCUGCUCGCAAGCGUGACGGAGCCACCCCCUCUCCUCCCGGCGCACCGCUGCUCGUCUCCAUCCCCUCGCCGGCCCGAGCGGCGUCCGCAGGUCCGCCGUCGCACAGGCGCGCCGGUCCGGCGGCGGAGGCGCCGCCCUUUGCGGGCCGAGGCGGAAAGUGACGAGAGAGGAGAACCGCCGGCGGGCUCCCGUGUUGCGAGCAGAUUUGCGAGCGGCGAAGGACGGCGAUGCGCGACGAAAGGCCCGCAGAGCGAAAGAGAAGAAAAAGGGCGAAGGAACGGGAAGGCUGAAGAAAAGCGUGAAACGCAGCGUCUUUCUCGUGUCGACUGUCGGAGUGGAGCGCGCGCGAGCUUGUGUUUCUGGGGAAAAAGAGAGCGAGUGACACGUACAUCUAGUCGCCGGACGAGCGGAGAGCCGCUCUCGUGGCCGAAUUCCACUUCGGUUUAUUUUCGCAGAGCUCUUCUCACACAGCGACACGGAGCGCUGAACAAAGGCUUAAUAAGACAAAGACACAAAUCGGACAGUUGACUGGAUACUAGAGUAACACGGUGUCCGUGCAGGUAUUAAAGCUAUAAGUAUGUUUACUGGUCACGGAGGAAAGGAACAAAAAACUCCCGACUGAGGGUCAAGAGGGAAAAAAAAAAAACUCUGGAGGUCCAAGUGCCAGUGCCCCCCCUCAUCCUCUAGGUUAAAAAAGACCUCGAAGUGAGUUUAUGACUAAUAAUAAGUAACUUUGUAGAUGGGCGUUAACUUGAUGUUCCAGUUCACAUCCUUUGCACUCUGUCCCUCCGUUUAAUUUUCAUUCAUUCGCUCCUGGAACAAGCGGUUCGCAAGGAAAUCGGCUCUGGGGUGGAGCUCGUGACGCUGAGGUUCGUUCGAACCCGCGACUUUGAGGGGUGAUGAGAGGGAAAAGAAAGGAGAGCGCCGGGCCCGAUUCGCACCCUCCGCUGUCCAUUGUCCCUGUCCGCUCUCUGUCCCAUCCCGUCAUCCGUCCGCGUUCUCCGUUCGCUGUCCUCCUGCUGCGAGCGACACCUCGAGGUGGACUUUCAGGGCUCGGCGUGUGUGUGUGUGUGUGUGUGUGUUUGUGUGUGUGUGUGUGUGUGUGUGUCACACCACACCAGCAUGCAGAAUCUAACAGCGUGUGACGAGACGAGCGUGGAAGGAGGAGCUAAUGUGGCAUCGGCAGACGUCCGCACCGCGUUCUGCUCCCCAGGGCUCCUCCCGUUGCUCCUGAGGCCCUCAGUGAGGGUCUUUCCCUUCAGUCGUACAGCAAUAACUGCGAUCGCCGGAAAAGGACGCGACGAGGGAGAGUAAGAAAAGAGGAAUUCCACAGAAGGACCUGCUGUCAGCAAAGGGCGUCGGAAGGAAUAAGAGUGACAACGGCGAACGCUUCCUGUCUCUUCCUGGGACCCUGUUCUUGAACAUUCCGUACACGAAAGACCAGAGAGCUUUAUUUUCAAAACUUGCUGCAUGCGCUUGCGUGUGGCCCCGAGUCGUCGUCACGUUGGGGGGCGUGCGUGCGUGCGUGAGGGCGACGGCGUCCCCGGGCCGAGGAGUCACGCUGGCUUCUGUCUGUCCCCAGCUGACAACCCCGGGAGCAGCGGCGCCCCCGGUGGUCCUGGCAGGAGGGGCGUCGUGAGGACCGGGACCGUGCGGCCGGGACGUGACGCUGCGGUUUGCAGAGCGGUGAACUGCGUGAUCUCAGUUUGUGUGCGCGUGUGUGUGUGUGUGUGUGUAUAGAUGGCUGUAGUUCACAUAAAACACUAUACAGUAUAUAUAUAUAUAUAUAUAUAUAUUGAUUAUUUCCUAUGUAUCGAUUUACAGUAUAACAUUUACAAAGAUAUUUAUGUCUCUUUAUUCUCAUUUUCCCAUCACACAUUAACUGGUGUCGAAAGCCACAAAGUGACUCUUAAUACAUCGCGACUCUGCUUGGUUUCUAAAUCUCUUGAAAUCUCUCAUCUUGUUCUUUUCUUGUUCUGCUGUGAAGAGUACUUAGAGUGCAUAUUCUGCAAUUCCGCUUUACUAUGUUUUUGAAAUAUUUUUAGGCUGAACUUGCCGUGUUUUCGUUCGCAGAGCAACUUGGAGGAUUGUGUCGAAUAUUUUGAGUCACUUUAGAUUUUGUUCAAUAAACUUGCUUUAAAACUCAUUAAGCGGAAACAAUAAAAACGUGCAGAAGUCA